AAGCAAGCCUCGAUUUCAUCGAACAAAAAAAAAACAUAUAACCUGCUUUAUUUUCAUCUUCUGGAUUUCUCUCUCUCUCCACCCCCCGAGCUUUUAUCUCUCCGAAAUAUCUAAUCAAUGAGUGCUCUACCAAAUUCUUUGGUUCUAACAAAGAGUUCUUCAAUCCAUCUCCCAACUGGGGAUCAAUGUAUUAGAAGUGUGGGCUCCACCAACUUGUCAUGCAGUCCAUGUGCAGGAAAAGUACAAUUUCCCACUUCCAGAAGGGCACUUACAAUUCAAGCAGGGUAUAGGGACGGAGGCAGGCCCGGCAGCACUAGCAUCUUUGUCGGUGGGUUUGUUUUGGGAGGAUUGAUUGUUGGCACACUUGGUUGUGUGUAUGCACCUCAGAUCAGCAAGGCACUUGCCGGAGCUGACAAAAAGGAUUUAAUGAGGAAAUUGCCCAAAUUCAUAUAUGAUGAAGAGAAAGCUUUGGAGAGAACACGGAAAAUACUGGCUGAAAAGAUUGAACAGUUGAACUCUGCUAUAGAUGAUGUUUCUGCUCAGCUGCGACCUGAAGAUUCCCUGAACGGAGUGGCUGUGAACUCAGAUGAAGUUGAAACUGUCAUAUAAGACUGCUUAUACUGGAUUCAGAUGAGAUUAAGCAAUCACACGAGUGAUCCUGCAUUUGAUGUAUUGCAGGAUUAAAGUAAUAACUGGAUUCUUGUCAUCUUGUUUCGAUUCUUCUUCAAAUCCACAUGGUUGUGCUCUUUAAUGCCGCUGUUUUUAGCAUGAGUACGUAUUCAAUGAAACUCAAAUAAGUGCUCAAUGUUGGGCUGAUUAAAGCUGUUAUUACUUUAGCUGUGUGCCUAUGUAUCGUCUGGUACUUAACUGGUAUUUCAACUGGGCAGGUUUUUACAACCAGACCUCUGUUGUAGAACUUAAAUUUGAGAUGUAAACACAAAUGGGUAAAUGGUUCAAUCACUUUAGAACCAUGGUAAAGAGAAGAAGGGGGGGUUGUUAAUGAAAUGCUCGGUGGUUACAUGUUUUAAGGCAAUUUGUGUUUGACUUGUGCUUGGAUGUAACCGUUGGUUACCUAGUUAUGAGGAAGUCAUGGAUUUGGGUGCUUGAGAAUUCACCGUGGAUGUAAACACAUGGCAUAAAAGGGAUCCAUUACUCAGAAGGUGGGAUCCAUUGAAACUUAUUGAUUUCUUUUUUGGGGGAAGGUAACACAAAUUAUAUAACUGCUGUAUAAUGAUGAUGG